AUGUCCGGCGAGAAGGCCUACACGAGCGCUGAUCAACCAUACGCCUCGUCCGACGAGCAGCGAUAUGCCGCUUCACCAGAGCCCGUCGUUCUCACUGGUGACACCAGUCCGGGUGUGAAGCGCAUCGAGGCUUUGGCGCGCCACGUCACCUUCAACGAUCGCAUUCUCCUGUUCAUCACCAUCUUCUUGCUGGCGUACUGCUACACCCUCGAUGGCACGCUUCGAUACGUCUACCAGCCCAAUGCCACCGCCAGUUAUGGCACCCACUCCCUCCUCGCCACCAUCACCGUCGUUCGAGCGGUCAUCGCAGCCGCAGCACAGCCAACGGCCGCCAAGAUCGCUGACGUGUUUGGCCGUAUCGAAUUACUUCUGGUCUCCGUCGUCUUCUACGUGGUUGGCACAAUCGUCGAAACCUUCUCCAACGAGGUCCACACCUUCGCAGCUGGUGCAGUCAUCUAUCAGAUCGGCUUCACCUGCGUUACCUUGCAGGUGGAAGUCAUCAUUGCCGAUGUCACCCCCCUCCGAUCGCGUCUCUUCUUCUCCUUCGUCCCGGCCGCGCCAUACUUGAUCAACAGCUGGGUUAGUGGUAAUAUCGCCGCAGCUGUCUUGGCCACCUCGUCCUGGAGAUGGGGUGUGGGAAUGUGGGCCAUCAUCUAUCCAGUCAUGGUCCUGCCAGUCAUCCUGGUUCUCUUCCUGGCUCACCGACGCGCGAAGAAGCUCGAAGAUAUGUCAAACUACAAGACACCGUUUCAGACGUAUGGCCCACUUCAAUUACUGGUCGCACUUUUCUGGCAGCUGGAUGUGAUUGGCAUUAUCCUGAUCAUCGCCAGUCUUGGACUCAUCCUGGUUCCGUUCACAUUGGCUGGUGAUGGUGCGCAGUCAUGGGCACAAGCUCACAUCAUUGCACCGAUGGUCAUCGGCUUCCUCCUCGCACCAGUGUUUGUCCUUUGGCAGGCAAAGUCACCACACCAAAUGGUGCCAUUCAAACUCCUCACAGACCGCGGCGUCUGGGGACCUCUCGGCAUGGCUUGCAUGCUCAACUUCGUUUGGUUUCUUCAAGGUGACUACCUCUACACGGUAGCAAUCGUGGCCUUUGACCAGUCUGUCCUCUCCGCCACUCGCAUCACCAGCCUUUUCAACUUCUGUAGCGUCCUAUGUGGUAUCAUAACCGGAGUGGUUGUCUUCUUCGUCCGCCGCCUGAAACCAUUCGUCCUCGUCGGCACGGUCCUCUACCUCGUGUCCUUCGGCCUGCUUAUUCACUUCCGUGGCGGGUCUUCCAGCGGCAACAUCUCCGGUCUUAUCGGCGCGCAGGUCCUGCUCGGUAUCGCCGGUGGUCUGUUCCCGUAUGUCGGUCAAGCCAGUAUCCAGGCCGCUACCAAACACGAGCACGUCGCUAUCGUCACGGGUCUUUACCUCGCGGUCUACAAUGUUGGAAGUUCACUCGGUAACGCCGUCUCUGGUGCGAUCUGGCGACAGGUCCUGCCAGGCGAGCUGCAGAGAAACCUCGGCGCAGUCAGCACCAACGCUACCCUCGCCACUGCCGUGUUCGGAGACCCAUUCACCACCGCGAUUGAGUACCCUGUCGGCACACCGGAGCGUGAGGCUAUUAUUGAGUCGUACCGACACACUCAGCGUUUGCUCACCAUCACUGGUCUAUGCUUGUGUGUUCCACUUAUCGGCUUUGCAUUGUGCUUGAGGAACCCCAGGUUGACCGACACACAGUCUUUGCCAAAUGCCGAGGAGGAUCGCAAGACACUUGUCGAUCGCGAGGGUCGUGUCGUGGAGCCUGAGAAGCGGAGUUUCGGCCAGAAGAUCAGCGACUUCUUUUUCAAGUGA